ACAAAAUCCAUCGAAUCUAUUAAAUGUUUUGUGAUCCGUCGGUUGCGCCGAGUGCGUUCCCCAAUGUUUCCCAUUUCCACUUGCCAAUUGAUUUAAUCAAUUGUGCGUUUGUUUACCGCGCUAGAUAAAAAUCGGUGGUGAUAAAAAACUCGUAAAAUGAUUCAGUCCAAAUUCUAUCGUAUUUGUCUAACCUCCUAGCAGUUAUCAGUGAUCCAAUAGUUUAAUGUGCGUUAAUAGUUUAAUUUCAUAAUGCCGAACACAUUAAAUCAACGUGCAAGAAAUGCCGCGACGCCCCGGCCCUACUUGCGGGACGACGACGACGAGCACAAAUCGAAAUACCGUCCCAUGUCCACGGGACACUUCCUGGCGGUACUCUGCCUGAUGGUCCUGGUCUUCGCCGCCGUCAUCGUCAUCGAAAAGCAGCUGCCGGUCGGCCUGAAGGUGUCCGAUUCGGUCAAAAAUACGGACCGAUUCAUCGCCGAAAGGGCGCACCAGCUGCUCGACAAACUGACCAGGAUCGGACCGCGGGUGACCGGCAGCUAUCAAAACGAAGUCCUGGCUGUGAAUCUACUGAAGGACGAAAUCAAUAAGAUUAUAAGGGAGAAAAACGAGAGGCACGUCAUCGAGCUGGACGUGCAGAAGGUCAGCGGUGCCUUCAAUUUGGAGUUCCUGGACGGGAUGACCAACGUUUAUCAGGACGUGCAGAAUGUGGUCGUGAAAGUCGGUUCGGACAUCAAUUCGCCCCACAGUUUGCUGAUCAAUUGCCAUUUCGACACUGUUGUCGACAGUCUUGGUGCCAGUGAUGAUGGUGCAGGCUGCGCCGUGAUGAUCGAAAUACUGCGGGUCCUGUCCAAAUCCGACAAGAUCUUAAGACACAACGUGAUCUUCCUGUUCAACGGCGGCGAAGAAAACUUCAUGCCCGCCUCGCACGGUUUCAUCACUCAACACAAAUGGGCCAAAGAGGUACGGGCUUUUAUCAAUUUGGAAGCGUGCGGCGCCGGCGGCAGAGAAGUGCUCUUCCAGGCCGGCCCCAAUCAUCCGUGGAUCCUGGAAACUUACUCGGAAGAAGUGCCUUAUCCAUACGCCUCGUCGUUGGCCCAGGAAAUAUUUCAGAGCGGCGUCAUACCCGGCGACACCGAUUAUCGUAUUUUCAGGGACUUCGGAAACAUUUCAGGUUUGGAUUUUGCGUGGUCGGCAAACGGCUAUGUUUACCAUACGAAAUUCGACUCGAUCGAACAAAUACCAUUGGGAUCGUUGCAAAGGACCGGCGACAACAUUUUGGCUCUUGCGCGUGGUAUGGCACAGGGCCACCAAUUGAGCAACGUUGAGGAGUACCGUGCUGGUAAUUUGGUGUUCUUCGACUUUCUAGGUGCCUUCGUCAUCCGAUGGCCCAUGCUCAUUGCCGACGUCAUCAACAUAUCGACUGUGAUACUUUCAGUAUAUUCUAUUUAUAAUAAUUUUAAAGAGGCUGAAGUGACUGACAGUUUAAAGAAACGACAAUACAAUAAGAAGCUUUUAGGAUGCGUAGUCAUUGUGUUUGUCUCCUGGUUGUUGUCUCUUCUGGUGGCCGUUGCGUUGGCCACCGUUUUAAACGGACUGGGACGAACCAUGAGCUGGUUUGCCCGUCCACUGUGGGCAUUCUUCUUGUACGUCAUUCCAACUAUUUUAGUUUCCAUGGCCACAAUCCUCUUACACGCCAAACACUACAAUAAGGAUCUAGAGUUGUCCCCUUGGAGGAUGUUUCAAAUUUAUUACGAUGCAUAUCAAUUAAUUUGGACUGUGGUACUAGUUUUGGGCAUACUGCUAAGAAUUCGAUCCAGUUUUAUAGCUUUAUCAUGGGUGUUCUUCGUUUCAAUAGGGAACGUUUUGAAGUCGUACCUUUUCGGCAAAUGGAGAGAUCCGUCGAAGUGGUUGCUGCUCCAUAUUGGAGUGGUGGGCCUGCCGUUCGUCCAGAGUUUCUACCUGAUAAUAGGAGCACUUUAUUUGUUCAUCCCGAUUAUGGGUAGGGCUGGUGCUGGUAGCCACGCAGAAAUACUCAUAGCAGUGCUAGUUAGUACUCUGUUCGCGACGCUUAUUAGCUUUGCGGUGCCGCUGAUAUUGUUAGUUCGCAAAGUGGAGCGCAUAUUCAGUUUGUUGUUCGGUGUUUUUCUGAUCUCUUUGGCUGUAUUAAUCUUAACCCCGUUGGGAUUCCCCUACUCCGGGGAGCCCGGCUCGUUGGCACCGCAGAGGUUUAUGAUAGCACAUACCAAAAGGACAUUCCACGAUGAAAUGGGGACGAUUACGGGCGAGUCUUCGGGUUACUGGAUAGCGAACAUGGACAUCAACAGUCCGCACACUGUUGAUCGUUACGCACCAGACAUGGCGAACGCCUAUUUGGUGCAGGAGGACUGUGAGAAACAUCUGUACUGCGGCAUGCCGUACUUCGUGCCGGUGCUUACGAUGAUCUGGAAGACCCACUGGCUUCCCGGGCCCGAGCCACACCUCCUCAAUCCCGUAAACAUGACAGUCUUAAGCAAGGAAAAUAUUGUGGGCGGACAAAGGAUCACCAUUCAAGUUUCUGGUCCAACACAUCUAGGUGUAAUGAUAUCUCCAGUGUUAGGAGCUAGUUUGGAUAAGUGGAGUAUACCAACUCCAAAUCCAUUAGCAGGCCCAAAGUGGAAAGGAAGAGACACGUAUUUCAUAUAUUACGCCUACGGUUUGGACCCUGUCCCUCUGAAAUUCUCAAUGGAUUUCAAAGUCCCUCCAGGUCAUAAAGGACCAAUUAUGGACUUCGUGGUGACGUCGCAUUAUUUGUUUGGACCAGGUAAAACGACAAAAGAAUUAGAUAAGUUCCUCGGACAGUUCCCACACUGGACGGCAGUUACGUCGUGGACUGCUUCUUAUGAGUCGUGGCUCAUUUAGAAGUUGUUAAUUUAUGUCCUACUUCCAGUUUUCCAUAAAAUAGUACCUUCAUAUUGUAAGCGUAUUUACGUCCUCAAGCGGGUUGUUGCAAUGUCAAUUUUGCAUGUAUUGUGUAUAGAGUGGUAGAUUCAACACAAAUCGUUAAGGCAAUGACUUUGGAAGUAGAAUAAUCGUUUUCUUCUCAUCUAUAAAAUGUUGUUUUUACACAAUUAUAUGUGUAUAUAUACUUAUUUAUUUUGUAGUCGUUCUUUUGUAUAUACUAAUCGAUUUUACUUAGGUUACGAAUAUACAUAUAUAGUUUUUUAUUUAUUAUUCUUAUAAAUGCCGUUUAAUCCGUACUACUUUAUAAUUAGAUAGUCAUAAAGUGAUGAUAAUAUUAAUCAAACCAAAGAGGAAUAAGGCAGAAUAAAAUUUUAAAAAUAAUGUGGUAAAAGCUUAAAAUCAUACAAAAAUGUCGCCUUAACGAAUUUGUAUAUUUUAUUUUCCGAAUCGUUUUGACAAAAUAUCUGAAUGUUUAUUUUUGUGCCAAGAGGUCAAUACAAUGCACGACAGUUGCUCACUUUUUUAUGCAUGGAAAUUCUUCCUUGAUUUUAAGUUUAAUUCAAUUUGGCGUAGAUAAAAUUAAGGAAGAAAUUAGUAACUUAUUAACAGUAGUAUUAGAAACAGUAGAUUGAACAAUUUUUGAAGCUUUUGAAGGUAGAUGUUUGGAUUUCGUUGAGUGCUCUAUCGGACAUUUUUAUUUAGGGGAAUUAUUUAAUACACACAGUGCAAUCUAGUCUUCCAAUCGAGGGUCCGGUGAAUUUUUAUACUUAAACAAAUGAGUUGUCAUUUUUUUGAUUAACUAAUUCACGACGAUGUAAAAAUGUCUCUAAAACACUUUCGGAAGUCCAAUUUUUAGUCAAUUAGAAACAUAUCAUUGGUAAUCAAUUCAGUUAUUCUAAAACAAGCAUUUACCAGUACAUUUUUAUAAUAAUUUUAUCUACUUAUUCUAACACUUAACAAAUAGAAGUGCUUUAAUAUGGUGAUAUUUAGCUGAUUAAGAAUGUAAAUCUGUUCAAUCAUUUUGACUCCAGUUUAUCCUGAUUUUGCAAUUUAUAGAAUUACUCUGAUGUAAAUAAAAAGACAUUUUUUAAACAAAUUCAAAUAAGACUUAUUUAUUUAAGUAUCCUAAGGCAAUAAUCGCUAAAGUAUAAUUUUUGUUAUUAGCAUAAAUAUUUAGAAGAGCAACUACCAAAUUUACUAUUUUAUAUAAUAUUAAUUUAUAAUAGGAAUUAUUUGUUUUGUGAUACUAUAAACACCAGUUUUAUACUUGAAAACAUUAUUUGCACUAAUAUUUUGCAUUGUUGAAAUUUAUAUGUUAUUGUUAUGGAAAUAAAUACAAUUCAAAUAGUA